AGCAAACAGGCGAAUAGUUAUUUCGAGAGUAAAACUGUUUAUCUUUCCUCCCUUGAUUAAGUUCAGUCUUUUACAUCAUCAAACUAUGUCGACCGAGGAGAAAAGCAUCAAGCCCACAAUCCCACUAAAACUUCUGGUAGACGAGACUAAAGCCCGAGUCCUCGCCGCAGAAGCCACUAGUGAUUUCGUCAAUGUUUUGCUCAGUUUCCUCACACUUCCACUGGGAACUGUUGUUCGUGUCACGAAAAGCCAUCCCGGUUCCAUUGGCUGCAUGAACAACUUGUACCAAAGCAUUGAACAGCUUAGUGCGGACAAUUUCUGCACAGUGACAUGUAAAUCAAUACUGUUAAGCCCAAGAAACCCUCUUGCUCUUGUUUGCAAGAAUCUUAAACUGAAUAUCGAUGACACAAGCAAUGGGAAAUGCUUUUCUUGUCAUUAUUGCGGUAGGAAGAGUCAUUAUCCUCGCACGAAGUGUUUUUGUGGAUGCAUAGCCAACACAGAGAUAUCUGAGGGCGGGUCUCAACCCGUGGAUAAAGAACAAUUUGUUAAAAGAAUGACCAUGUGUGUGAUUACAGAUGAUCUGCAGUUGCUACCUGGAAAUCCAAUUUCUCUGGUGCAGUUGCUAUGUAAUUUGGGUUUCAGCGAUGUUGAUCAGGUUGAGGAGUUGUCCGUUGAUGUUGGAUUAGAGGAGGUUUCUAAGUUGCUUAAGCAUUCUUUGGUAUCAAAGACUCCUCUGACAGAUGUAUUCUUGGGGAAAAGGAAACUUGCAAAUAUUUCGAAACCCAUGGAUCCAAGAAAUUCACCUACACCAAGCAGUGAAAAUCGAACAUCGCCAAAUCAUACUGAAUUCCGGGUUAAGUUAAUUUUAAGCAAGUCGCAAAACAAGAUAUUGGGGUUGGUAGCAAGGGAAGAUUUUAUCGAUUUUCUCUUCAGCUUUUGUACAAUUCCGCUUGGAUCAGUGGUAAAGCUUUUGGACUUGAACUCCAGAGUAGGAUGUGUUGAUAACUUCUACAGAACAGUAGAGAGCUUGGACUCGGAGUGGUUUGCUAUUUCCAAGAGUGAAAUAAUAAAUGCUGGAGUUCUGAAACAAUACAAGUGCAAAAAUCAUCCAUUGCAAAUUCCUGAUGCUAAAAAUAUAUUAUACCUUCUUGACCCAAGGAGCCCAACUGGUAAAGUUGAUUGCUUUGGUAGAUUUAUGGAAGCACCACACUUGUUUGUAGUGUCAGAUAACUUGGUAGUGACACCACUAUCUUCUCCGUCGAGUAUUAGCUUCCUAAAAGAACUAAAUGUACCUCUCAAUGAUAUUGAAGAGCAGGAAGAAACUAUGGGCGAGACUGAGGCUCUUGCUCUGUUGAAGGCUUCUUUAACUUUAUCAUCAGUUUUAAAUAAUUGCUUCAAGUCAAGUAUAGAUCAGAAGUUCAACAAAAGUGAGGUGGCUGGGAAGUAGCUUUGGAGCAAAAGGGGAUACCUUGCCGUUUUUUCAGUGAACUCAAGACAAGACAAUAUAGGAUUGCUUUUGGUUCUUCCUUUUUUCUGUCCUCUGGUUAGAGAAUUCAUUCAGUAUCUGAAAGAUAUAUCUGAUGUUGGAGCGAUGUUUUUUAAGUUUUCUGCAUGUGUCAAUGUAUUGUUUAAGCUCAUUUCUCCAGAAUUUAACAAUCGGAGAAACUUUCUUUCCUAUGUAUGGUUCUUGUUGGAAGAAAUGGUGUUUUAAAAUUA